CAGUGAACCCAUUACAUAAACUUCCAAGAGUUAAAAAGUUAUAAAAUUAUCUCUCUGUAGCUUUGCAUUCUUACACUGUCUUACCAGGUCAGUUUAUUACGAUGCUGUUCUACAGCUGACACUUUAUUAUCUUAGGGACCCAACUGUUUGUACUGGUUUGGGGGGGAAAAAUCAGACGCACCGGAAGCAGGAAACGCCUCAGUUAGGAGAAAACGAAAGUUAUGCAGUUGUCUCUCCACACACAAAAAUGGCAGACGACAGCAUUUUAUGGUCUCAGGAGCAAUUUAGCUGUUCAAUCUGUCUGGAUCUACUGAAGGAUCCAGUGACCAUUCCCUGUGGACACAGUUACUGUAUGAUCUGUAUUACAGACUGCUGGGAUCAGGAUGAUCAGAAGAGAGUCUACAGCUGUCCUCAGUGCAGACAGACCUUCACUCCAAGACCUGUUUUAGGUAAAAGCACCAUGCUGGUUGAAGUGGUGGAGAAACUCAAGAAGACAAAACUACAAGCUGCUCGUCCUGUUCAAUGUUACACUGGAUCUGGAGAUGUGGAGUGUGACAUCUGUACUGGAGACAAAAACAAAGCCAUCAAGUCCUGUCUGGUGUGUCUGAACUCUUACUGUCAAAAUCAUCUUGAACAACAUGAGAAUCUCUUCAAAAAUAAAAAACACAAUCUAAUGGACGCCACUGGACGACUGCAGGAGAUGAUCUGCCCUCAACAUGAGAAACUGCUGGAGAUUUUCUGUCGUACUGAUCAGAACUGUAUAUGUUAUCCGUGUACAAUGGAUGAACACAAAAACCACGACACCGUAUCAGCUGCAGCAGAGAGGACUGAGAAACAGAGAAAAUUGGGUGAGAUGCAGAAAAAAUACCAGCAGAGAAUCCAGGAGAGACAGAAGAAGCUUGAGGAUCUGAGAGAGGCUGUGGAGUCUCACAAGCGCUCUGCACAGGCAGCAGUGGAGGACAGUGAGAGGAUCUUUACCGAGCUGAUCUGCUCCAUUGAGAGAAGCCGCUCUGAGGUGACACAGCUGAUCAGAGAUCAGGAAAAGGCUGCAGUGAGUCGAGCUGAAAAAAUAUUGGAGCAACUGGAGCAGGAGAUUGAUGAUCUGAAGAGGAGAGACGCUGAGCUGGAGCAGCUUUCACACACAGACAAUCACAUUAAUUUCCUCCAGAGUUUCCAGUCUCUCUCUGUUCCUCCUGGAUCUACAGACUCAUCCAGAAUCACUGUCAGUUCUCGUCUCUCUUUUGAUGAUGUUGGUAAAUCUGUGUCUCAACUGAGAGAGAAACUCGAGCAUUUCUGCAGAGAGGAAAUAGAAAAGAUAUUUGGUAGAGUAACAUACAUUGAGAUUAUUCCUACCCCUGAACCCAAGACCAGGGAGGAUUUCCUUCAAUAUUCUCGUCAACUCACUCCGGAUUUAAACACAGUGAAGAACAACCUCCGUCUGUCUGAGGGGAACAGAGUGAUUGAAUACACUGACACAGUCCAGCCGUAUCCUGAUCAUCCAGACAGAUUUGGUUAUUGGGAUCAGUUGUUGUGUAGAGAGAGUGUGUGUGGAUGCUGUUACUGGGAGGUUGAGUGGAGUGGUGAGGGAAAUAUAGCAGUGUCAUAUAAGAGCAUCAGCAGGAAGGGACAGGGAAAUGAGUGUAGAUUUGGAUGUAAUUAUCGGUCCUGGUGUUUGUCCUGCUCUGAAUCUUGUUGCUUAUUCUGGCAUAAGAACAAACAGACUAAACUCCCUGGAGUCUCCAGCUCCUGUAGAAUAGGAGUGUAUGUGGAUCACAGUGCAGGAACUCUGUCCUUCUACAGCGUCUCUGACACAAUGAUCCUCAUUCACAGAGUCCACACCACAUUCACUCAGCCUCUCUAUGCUGGGUUUGAGGUCAAUUUAGAAUGCAAGAGGAUCAAAAUUGGACCCAACUGUUUGCACAUGUUUCUUAAAUAUGAAAGCAGGAAACGCCUAAGUUCGGAGAAAACGAAAGUUGUACAUGCCUCUCUACACACCAAAAUGGCAGGCGCCAGUAUUUCAUGGUCUCAGGAACAAUUUAACUGUUCAAUCUGUCUGAAUCUACUGAAGGAUCCAGUGACCAUUCCCUGUGGACACAGUUACUGUAUGAACUGUAUUACAGGCUGCUGGGAUCAGGAUGAUCAGAAGAGAGUCUACAGCUGUCCUCAGUGCAGACAGACCUUCACUCCAAGACCUGUUUUAGGUAAAAACACCAUGCUGGCUGAAGUGGUGGAGAAACUCAAGAAGACAAAACUACAAGCUGCUCGUCCUGCUCAAUGUUACACUGAAUCUGUGGAGUGUGACAUCUGUACUGGGGACAAAAACAAAGCCAUCAAGUCCUGUCUGGUGUGUCUGAACUCUUACUGUCAAAAUCAUCUGGAACAACAUGAGAAUCUCUUCAAAAAUAAAAAACACAAUCUAAUAGAUGCCACUGGACGACUGCAGGAGAUGAUCUGCCCUCAACAUGAGAAACUGCUGGAGAUUUUCUGUCGAACUGAUCAGAACUGUAUAUGUUAUCUGUGUAUGGUGGAUGAACACAAAAACCACGACACUGUAUCAGCUGCAGCAGAGAGGACUGAGAAACAGAGUAAAUUGGGUGAGAUGCAGGGAACAAACCAGCAAAUCCAGGAGAGACAGAAGAAGCUUGAGGAUCUGAGAAAGGCUGUGGAGUCUCACAAGCGCUCUGCACAGGCAGCAGUGGAGGACAGUGAGAGGAUCUUUACUGAGCUGAUCCACUCCAUUGAGAGAAGCCGCUCUGAUGUGACACAGCUGAUCAGAGAUCAGGAAAAGGCUGCAGUGAGUCGAGCUGAAGAAAUACUGGAGCAACUGGAGCAGGAGAUUGAUGACCUGAGGAGGAGAGAUGCUGAACUGGAGCAGCUUUCACACACAGACCAUCAUAUCCAUUUCCUCCAGAGUUUCCAGUCUCUCUCUGUUCCUCCUGGAUCUACAGACUCAUCCAGAAUCACUAUCAGUUCUCUUCUCUCUUUUGAUGAUGUUGGUAAAUCUGUGUCUCAUCUGAGAGAGAAACUGGAGCAUUUCUGCAGAGAGGAGAUAGAAAAGAUAUCUGAUAAAGUUUCCAUAGUAACAUGCAUUGAGAUCAUUUCUACCUCUGAACCCAAGACCAGGGAGGAUUUCCUUCAAUAUUCUCAUCAACUCACUCUGGAUUUAAACACAGCGAAUAAAAAUCUCCUUCUGUCUGAAGGGAACAGAGUGAUUAAAUACACUGACACAGUCCAGCUGUAUCCUGAUCAUCCAGACAGAUUUGAUGGUUGGUUUCAGGUGUUGUGUAGAGAGAGUGUGUGUGGACGCUGUUACUGGGAAGUUGAGUGGAGUGGAAGGGUGGAUAUAUCAGUGACAUAUGAGAGCAUCAGCAGGAAGGGACGGGGAGAUAAGUGUGGAUUUGGAUUUAAUGAUCAGUCCUGGAGUUUGUACUGCUCUGACUCCAGUUGCGUAUUCUGGCACAAUAACAAACAGACUGAACUCCCUGUAGUCUCCAGCUCCUGUAGAAUAGGAGUGUAUGUGGAUCACAGUGCAGGAACUCUGUCCUUCUACAGAGUCUCUGACACAAUGACCCUCAUUCACAGAGUACACACCACAUUCACUCAACCUCUCUAUCCUGGGUUUGAGUUCAGUUCAUUGUGGAAAAGUGGAUCAAAAGUUAAACUGUGUCAAUUAUAAGUAAUAAUGAUACAAAGAUUCUACAAAUAAAAUUGUUUAUUAGAAAUUUGAUAAA